AGAGGAAGAAAAGGCAAAGGGGGAUGGGCUUGUUGCUUUCAUUUAAAGUAAAAAGAAAAAAUACAGAAGUGAAAAAUUUAGUAGACACCCUCAAAAAACACAGAGGUAGGAAUUAUUUAGAAAGACUCAGAAUAGAAAGUAGGUAAAGGAUUACAUGCAGUGAUGGCUCCUUGGACGAGGACCACCACGGAGCGGUAUGGUGUAGUUAAGUGGAAUUUUGUCGGCAAAGGAGAAAAGCAGCUUUCCCUCGAGGUAGGAGAUGCGGUCCAGAUCAUGGAGGUCUGUGAUGGAUGGUACAGAGGCUACUUGGUUAGGAACAAAGCCCAGAGGGGAGUGUUCCCUGCCAGUUUUGUCCAUCUUAAGGAGGUUGUCAUUGAAAAACGAGGAGGGGAGGAGGUAGUGAUGUCUGCAGAGAUGCCCUUGGUGAAGGAGGUGACCACCACAUUGAGGGAGUGGGGAAGCAUAUGGAAGCAGCUCUUUGUGGCCAAUAAAGAGGUGCGUGUGAAGCAGGUCCAGAGGCUGAUGUGGGAGCUGAUGGAGUGGCGUUCCCAGCUCCUGUCUGGCACUCUGCCCAGUGAUGAAUUCAAAGAGCUCAAGCAGAAAGUCACCUCUAAGAUUGACUAUGGCAACAAGAUCCUGGAGCUGGACCAGGUGGUUCGGGACGAGAAUGGGAACAUCUUGGACCCAGAACGGGCUAGUGUCAUCAGUCUGUUUCGGGCCCAUGAGGAGGCCACAGCCAAGAUCAAUGAGCGCAUCAAAGAGGAACAGUCCAACAUCCAGACAGACCACAGCGGGAUCUCGGCACGGAUCCAGUCUUCCCCAACCCACAGCCUCUACGUCUUCGUCAGGAACUUUGUCUGUCGCAUCGGAGAGGACUCAGAGCUCUUCAUGUCCCUCUAUGACCCCAUCAAGCAGACCAUCAUCAGUGAGAACUACUUGGUACGCUGGGGCAGCAAAGGAUUUCCCAAGGAGAUAGACAUGCUCAACAACCUGAAGGUUGUCUUUACAGACCUGGGGAACAAGGAUCUAUGCAGAGAGAAGAUAUAUCUGAUCUGUCAGAUAGUGAGAGUGGGCAGGAUGGACCUGAAAGAGACAAACAACAAGAAGUGUACUCAAGGCCUGAGGCGACCGUUUGGGGUUGCAGUGAUGGACAUCAGUGAUCUCAUCAAAGGGAAGAUCGAAUGUGAUGAGGAGAAGCAGUUUUUCAUCCCCUUCUUCCCGGUAGUUGCUGAGAAUGACUUUCUCCACUCCUUGCUGAACAAAGUGACAGCAUUGCGAGGAGACAGCGGUGGACAAGGUCUGUGGGUGACCAUGAAGGCUCUGGUGGGAGACAUAGUUCAGAUCCGGAAGGAAUACCCUCACCUUGUGGACCGAAGCACCGUGGUGGCCCGUAAGCUGGGCUUCCCCGAGAUCAUCAUGCCCGGAGAUGUUCGCAAUGACAUCUACCUCACCUUACAGGGCGGCGACUUUGAUAAAUACAACAAGACGACACAGAAGAACGUGGAGGUUAUCAUGUGGGUCUGUGAUGAAGAGGGCAAGGUCAUACAGAACUCCAUCUGUCUGGGAGCAGGGGAUAAGGCGGUCAGUGAGUACAGAUCUGUCAUCUACUACCAAAUCAAACAACCACGCUGGAUGGAGACAAUUAAGGUGGCGGUCCCUCUGGAGGAAAUGCACAGAAUUCAUUUACGCUUCAUGUUCAGACACCGCUCUUCCCAGGAGUCCAAGGACAAGAGUGAGAAGAACUUUGCCAUGGCCUUUGUGCGUCUGAUGAAGGACGACGGGACAGUUCUUCAAGACGGACUGCAUGACCUUGUUGUCUUCAAGGGUGACAGCAAGCGUAUGGAAGAUGUGAACUGCUACUUGUCGUUGCCCUCGACCCGCCACCACCACGGCGAGCUCCAUAAGGGGACAUCACUGAGUCGCAGCUCCAGCAACGUGUCAGGGAGUGGAGGCCUGUCAGUCAGCUCCAGAGACAGCUUCAGCAUCUCCACCCUGGUCUGCUCCACCAAACUCACCCAGAAUGUGGGCCUGCUGGGGCUGCUCAAGUGGAGGACUCGACCUGAACUCCUCAAAGAAAACCUGGAAAAGCUUAAAAUCAUUGAUGGAGAGGAGGUGGUCAAGUUUCUGCAGGACACUCUGGAUGCCUUGUUCAACAUCAUGAUGGAACACUCUCAGACAGACGACUACGACAUCCUCGUGUUUGAUGCCUUGAUAUACAUCAUAGGUCUGAUUGCUGACAGAAAGUUCCAGCACUUCAACACAGUACUGGAGGCCUACAUCAAGCAGCAUUUCAGCGCUACACUGGCCUACAAAAAGCUGAUGUCAGUGUUAAAGAGGUAUCUGGAUGUGUCCAGCCGAGGGGAACAGUGUGAGCCCAUCCUCCGAACCCUCAAAGCCCUCGAGUACAUCUUCAAGUUCAUCGUCCGCUCGCGCAUGCUCUACUCCCACCAACGACUUCAACUUACUCUGCAUCUAGAGAUUUCAGAAAUUUCUCCUCCUGUUGUACGAGGGGGAAAAGAGCAGGCGGAGUUUGAGGAGUCACUGAGGAGGCUGUUUGAGUCCAUCAACAGCCUGAUGAGAACAGACUACACCACCACUCUGCUGCUCCAGGUUGCUGCGCUGAAGUACCUGCCAACAGUCCUGCAUGAUGUUGAGAAAGUGUUUGAUGCCAAACUCCUCAGUGAGUUGCUGCAUGACUUUUACUCCUGUAUCCCCCCUGAGAAACUCCAGAAACAGAAGGUUGCCUCCAUGACGGAAAUCGUCAGCAGCCAACUCUUCCAGAGACAAGAGUGCCGUGAUGUGUUGUUGCCCAUGAUGCUGCGGGAGCUGAGCGGGGCGCUGGCCAGUAUGGCUGAUGGGCCUCAUGAUGAGAGGAGGAAUAGUCUGGAGCUACUGAACAACAUUCUCGAGGUCCUCAGCAGGGAUAAUGUGGGAAAGACAUUUCAACAUAUCCAGGACAUCGUGGUUUCUCUUCUGAGGAUCAUCAACCAGACGGUCAUCACGAUGGGUCGAGAGCAUGCCCUUAUUUCCAGAGUGGUCGCCUGCAUGACAGCUAUCCUGAGUCAGAUGGAUGAUCGACACUAUGAAACGUACAUAGAAACCUUCAGCGGAACCUCUGAUCUAGUGGACUUUCUGAUGGAGUCCUUCCUGCUUUUCAAGGACCUGAUUGGGAAACAUGUAUACCCCUCUGACUGGAUGGCCAUGAUCAUGGUACAGAACAGAGUGUUCCUGAGAGCCAUCAAUACCUACGCAGACACGAUGAACCAAAAGUUCCUCAAUAACGACGACUUUGAAGUGCAGUUGUGGAAUAACUACUUCCACUUGGCGGUGGCAUUUAUUACCCAGGAGUCUCUGCAGCUUCAGCAUUUCUCCCCAACCAAGAGGAACAAGAUUCUGGCCAAAUACGGAGAUAUGAGAAGACUCAUUGGCUUUGCUAUACGUGACAUCUGGUACAAACUAGGCAGUCAUAAGAUCUGUUUCAUCCCUGGCAUGGUGGGUCCCAUCCUGGAGAUGACUUUGAUCCCAGAAGAAGAGCUGAGAAGGGCCACCAUCCCUAUCUUCUUCGACAUGAUCAGCUGCGAGCAUGCACACUCUGGAAACUUCCACAAGUUUGAGAAUGAGAUCAUUCUGAAGUUGGACCAUGAGGUGGAGGGUGGAGGAGGAGACGAGCGCUACAUGCAGCUGCUGGAGACCACCCUACUGGACUGUGCUGCAGAGAAAUCCACGCUGAGGCUGCAGGUGCAGCACUUUGUCGCCUUGGUGAAGGGACUCCUCAUUCGUCUCCUUGACUACCGCACCGUGAUGAGCGAUGACAGCCGCAACAACCGCAUGAGCUGCACUGUCAACCUUCUGAACUUUUACAAGGACAUCAAUCGUGAAGGGAUGUAUAUCAGGUACCUUUACAAGUUGAGGGACCUUCAUCUGGAGGGUGAGAACUACACCGAGGCGGCGUACACACUGCUGCUCCAUUCUCGCCUCCUCAAGUGGUUAGACGAGACAUGCAGCCCCCAGUUUGAGUCCCAUGGCUCCCAAACCCAGCGGCAGCUCAAAGAAACGCUCUACGACACCAUCAUUGACUACUUUGACAAGGGCAAGAUGUGGGAAGAGGCCAUCACUCUGUGUAAGGAACUAGCUGAUCAGUACGAAAACGAGAUCUUUGACUACGAGUUACUCAGCAAGAGACUGGAGAAACAGGCCAAGUUCUAUGAAAACAUUAUGAAGAUCUUGAGGCCAAAGCCGGACUACUUUGCAGUGGGCUACUACGGACAGGGCUACCCUCCGUUCCUCAGGAACAAGGUGUUCAUCCACCGUGGCAAAGAGUAUGAGCGCAGAGAGGACUUUCAGAACCAGCUGAUGAGCCAGUUCCCCAGCGCUGUGCGCCUCAACAUCACCACCAUGCCAGGAGACGACAUCAGGAACUCUCCGCUGCAGUACAUCCAGUGUUUCACAGUGCAGCCAGUCCUCGAGAUUCCUCCGCGCCUGAAGAACAAACCCGUCCCUGACCAGAUUAUCAACUUCUACAAGUCCAACUACGUGCAGCGUUUUCACUAUUCCAGACCUGUGAGGAAAGGACCUGUGGACCCAAACAAUGAGUUUGCUUCCAUGUGGAUUGAACGUACAACCUUCACCACUGUGUACAAGCUGCCUGGGAUCCUGCGCUGGUUUGAGGCGACUGACAUGAAACAUACCACCUUGUCUCCUUUGGAGAACGCCAUAGAGACCAUGGAGUCCACCAAUGAGAAGAUCCUGACCAUGAUUAACCAAUACCAGGCAGAUUGGACCCUUCCCAUCAACCCCCUCUCCAUGCUGCUCAACGGCAUUGUGGACCCAGCCGUCAUGGGCGGCUUUGCCAAAUAUGAAAAGGCAUUCUUUACCGAAGAGUACACUCUGCAGCACCCAGAGGACAGAGAUAAACUGGCGCGCCUCAAAGACCUCAUUGCAUGGCAGAUCCCAUUACUGGGUGGAGGAAUCUCUCUUCACGGGAAGAGAGUGACGGAUGACCUGCGUCCUUUCCACGAGCGCAUGGAGGAGUGUUUCAAACAGCUGAAGAAGAAAGUGGAGAAGGAGUAUGGAGUGAAAGAGUUGCCGGAUUUGGAUGAGAGGAAGUCCACUCGUCCUCGCUCUAUGCUGCGCUCCAUUCGUCAGUCCAUCAUCUCGAUCUCCUCGUUGCAGGGAUCUGAGUGUGGGACGCCAACCAAGGCCCAUGCAGACAGGGACUUCCCCCCUGAGUCGCCCACCUCCUGGAACUCCACACUGCCGCGCUCCAGUGGCAGCGUGAGUGCGAGUACAGUGGAGGCGGUGGUGACGGUGGGGGACGCAGAGGUCAAACUGAGGAAGAGCAAGAAGAAGAAGAAGAGGAGCAGCAUGAUCUUCAUCACAGAGGAAAGAGAAAGGACGAAUACGCUCGACUGCAAACGGCUGUCCAAGAAGCAGGAGUUCCGCAGUGACACCAACUUGUCUGAGCCGAAUGAUGAAAAUGUGUUGCUGACAAAUGCCAACUCCAGAUCCCUGCCUGCCAUCACAGGUCUGUCCUUGGUCGUGGUGGGGGGAGCAGAGGAGGUGGACUCCGUCAGAGCCAGAAGGGACAGUAAGAGCAUGUCUGCCUGUUUGACCUCUGACCGAACAGCGGACAGACGCUCAAAGGGCGUCAUUAACCUCCUCUUCAAGUCCAAGAGCUCCAAAUCAGACGACGUGAAGCCCAGUGAUUCAGCCAAAGGCAGUGACAAUCAUUUCUGAAGUCCUUCAUUUAAUUUCCCGUCUCCUUCAGUUAUCUUUAUGCAUUUGUUUUACAAAGAAGUUCACAUAAACCUGCAAGCAAAACCAAAUUAUGCCCCGACUCACUCAGCCAGUCUGCCUGCCAGUCUCAGCAUUGCUGUUGCCUUAAUAUAAUUGAUUUUACCUGUCAAUAAAGACUAUUUUUGUGGCGUGA